GUCAUUCAGAGUACACCUGUCCUGUCAACACUUCACACACACGGUGGACUGGCGAGAGGAUAUUUUUCAAAAGGGAGACAGGAUGACCAGUCUAGAGGAGGUUCCCUUUAAGAGCCCUCUGGGGCCACUACCACUGGGGCCAUUACAGGAGCUGGGGCCCCUGGCAGGAGAGAUAGAGCUGGUUACGGCCCCAGAGUUCACCAUACCAGACCACAUCCAGAUACUACAAGACACUGAGUAUGAGUUCACCUUAGAGAACUGGGUGAUGUCUGCGCUCCAUGGAGGACGCUACCGACCCAGGGAUGCCCCGUCCCCAUCUUGUCCUCCGUACUGGCUCAUGUUCUCCAGUCCCCAGGAGAGUCGCUCGGCUAGCAGGUGGAACAGUGAUCAGCGGGGCUCAGCACUCCGACCAAGGAGCCACAGCCUAAGCUCUGUGGACACACGUCACCUUAACCACCACCCUCAACCCCACCCCCAUCACCGCUGCCAGCACAGCCACCGAAAAAUCAAGUUACUGGUCUCCGACUCGGAAGACGAAGCUGGCUACUCAGAAGAUGACGAGGGCUCCUCCACUGAAGAUAACGCCUCAGACUCAAAGACACACCGUGGAGCCUAUCACGGAGGUGAACGGCCUCGGUCGCAAAGCUCUGCACCAAAACACCCACUAUCCAGAGUCAAAGACCACCAUCUUGGAUCUUCAGGCUCUUCCUCGGCUCAUCCCCACUCUAACCAGCCUUCCACUGGUGGUGAACGGCCACGGUCGCAAAGCUCUGCACCAAAACACCCACUAUCCAGAGUCAAAGACCACCAUCUUGGAUCUUCAGGCUCCAACUCGGUUCAUCACCACUCUAACCAGCCUUCCACUGGAGGCCGAGGCUACCAGGGUCGCAACAGGAGGGCCAACUCUUCCUCAGUCCUGGACUGCAGGAGGCAAGGGUCAUUCACUGGGCUCAAGCAGGAGCAGGGGCGUACCAUCAGCCCACUUUGCCAUGGUCAGGCCAGCAGUCCCCAGUGCCAUGGUCAGGCCAGCAGUCCCCAGUGCCAUGGCGAUCAGAGGCCCUGCAGGAAGGAUUUCAGAAGCCAGCAGCAGGCGUCAUCGUCCUCUGGCCUGGAAGAGUCUUUUGUGCGGGCCGGUAGCCCUCAGUGUCAUGGUCAGGCCAGCAGUCCCCAGUGCCAUGGUCAGGCCAGCAGUCCCCAGUGCCAUGGUCAGGCCAGCAGUCCCCAGUGCCAUGGUCAGGCCAGGAGUCCCCAGUGCCAUGGUGGCCAGAGGCACUAUAGCAGAAAGAGGCAGCUCUCUUUGUGGUCAAUGGGAAGGAAAAACUCUGUGACCCCACAGCAGCCACAACGACCCUCUUCAGCUGGCCCUGAAAUCAAGAACAACAGGCAGACUGCUCUGCGUCCACGUAGCUCACACGGCAUUGGCUGUGACUCAUCUGCAGAGUUGCUGACGGCCCUAAGUCAGGAAGAGCGAGAGCUACUGGAGGCCAUCACUGAGCAGGGCUACCCUCUACACACUGCCAUCCUGGCGCUGCAGAAGACUGGCCGCCGCAGCCCACAACAGGCAGGUUUUACUUACCCAUCCUGUGACAUGACAACCCCAGUGGCAGUUUUGAGGUCAGAAAGUAAUCAGAUGGUUGAAUUCCAGGGCUGA